CUGGGUAGGUCGUGGACGCGCAUGAGUGUUCAGCAGGUGCUCGCCUGUUCGGGUGCGGAUGAUAGUGGGUGAAGUGCAGCUUCAGUAUUGUUUAUAUCAUGUCAACAUAAGAGAACGCUUAAUCUUUUCUCUCGCAGAUAAUGUGAAUAGUUUGCUGUAAAGCUAUUUGAAAUUCUUUGAGUCAUUUUGUUUUUAUAGGUUAGGUGCUGCACUUUAGUCAAAAAUUUGGCAAAGAAUGUUUGUCUUGUAUUAGCACUUAGUAUAUCACUCUUCUGUGUUACGUUGCGCUGUCGAGCAAUGCUGUUUUGAUAUAAAAUUCAUCAGUUCAAUAAAUAUUUGUACAAAUGACUGCUCACAGUGAGCUUUUCCGUCUGAGCUGCAAAAUAGCAAAUGCUCAUUUUCGAAAGCGGACUCAUUCAUCAUACUGCGCAGGAUCUCAUUUAAUAGAAUACUAUUCUUUUCAUGAAAAUGCUGCCAUCAUUGCUAGUAACAGGCGAAUGUUUUCUUCGCAAGAUGUUUCUUCCCAUGGUGUGCAAACUUCCAGAGACUUGCUGAUGCAGAACCUGAAAUGCACUACUGAUCCCAAAUCUCUGAUGGAAGUUGUGAAAGUGCAUCAUUCAAUUAUGAACAAUAAGCAUGUCAUGCAGGCUCUGAGGUCACUGUUUGAAGUGUCAAAAUCUGAAAGUUCACAUCAAGCUAAGCAGUUUGUCAUACAGAGUGCUGAGUUUCACAAGCUGUGCCACACACUGAAGUUACAGUCAAGAUCACUUGAAAUAAAUGAGACUAUUGAAGCACUGAAAAUUGUUUCAUUUUUAGGUCUUCCAAGUUCGAGUCCUUUGAUUCAAGUCCUUUUACAGCUAGUCAGGUACAAUGUCAAUGAAUUGAGUUUACAACAUAUUGUAUUCCUUGACUUCAUCUUAAAGAAAUUUGAUAGUUGCCCCUUAGUAGAUGCACUGAAUAUUGCUCUACCAAUUGUUUUUGAAAUACAGCUUCCCAUCAAAUUAGAUAGAGAAAAUCCAUCACAUAUGGCAGAAAUGCUGCAGUAUGCUGUGAGGAACAGUUUGUCUGACUCAAUAGUUUCGUUGCUGAUUGACCGCCUUACAGGAACAUGUCACAAAAUGGACAAAAAAACAGCAGAGAAUAUCACAUGGGUUUUGCUUGAUGUGGAUCGACCUGUACUUACUAUUCCAUUUCUUUUACGUCAGACAUUGAACAUUGUUUCAGAAAAUAUUAACAGUCUUUCAUUUGAUGAAGUGCAUGCACUUGUGAGUAAAGUUGUGAAGAAGUAUCGGAAGACAAGUGGUAAUUUUUAUCAUGAAGAAUUUUUGGACAGUUGUGCAUCGUAUGUGAUUGAAAAGCGGUGUACCUUGGAGAAAACUUGCUGGAUCCUCAAGAAAUUAACAAGGCUAGGUCACUCUAGCAUCAAGCUUUUGGAUUAUAUUGCAAACAUAGUUGCAAAUGAUCCAAAUGCUCUUGAGUCAGCUGAGCCAAACACAAUUUUUGCACUUACCAGUGGAAUGUCAAGUGCCAAUUACGGAACCAAAUAUUGGAAUGUCAUUGAGAAGAGCAUUCUAAAAAAUAAGAUUAUGGAAGAGGAUAAAAUUGAACUUCCAUGGAUAAAAUUCACACUUGAAUUGGCUUCGCUGGGAUGUUUCCACCCUCCACUGUUGCAGCGUAUUUUUGAGGAACAAUUCCUGAGAAAAUUCCUUGCUAGAGAUUAUAAUCUGUUAGACCAUCUGCAGUUACUGAUGUUGUUCCAAGCAGUGAUUACAUUAUUUCCUUCAUACAGUGGGCCUCUACCACCAGAUGACAUCAUUCAAAAAGCAUCAAGACUAAAUGGUGACAAUGUUAAUGAGUUCCCACUGAAAGGUGCCCUGGAACAUGGUCUUGGUGGAACUUCAUAUUUGCAGACAAGAUUUACCACAAAACUGGGACAUUUUAUUGAUCAUGUUAUUGUAAUGAGGAAAGGUGGUUACCCAGUAGCUGUGAAUCAUUCUAAAGACCAGGAACCCAUGAAGCAACUUAUUGAAGACCUAAUUAUACCACCUGACAGCAAAGUGAUCCUUGUACUGGCUUUUCAUCGAGGUUGUUAUACACUAAACUGCAAACGUCUGCGAGGUCAUUUUGACAUGAUGUGCAAAGGACUUGAAGCGAUGGGAUAUGCUGUUGUACCUGUCUCUUUGUCUAUGUGGUCAGAUAUUCCUGACUAUGAGAAAAUUCCAUACCUUAUGCAGAAUAUUAAAUCAAAAUGUGAUAUGACAAAUAGUGAAAUAAAAUUAGUUCAAUAAAUGAGACACACAGUAAAAGCUUA